UACAGGGAAACCAGGUGAACGCGGUGCCCCCGGUCCCAAAGGUGACCGCGGCGAUAGGGGCGAUCCUGGCUCCCGUGGACCCGAGGGUCUGCAAGGGCAUAAAGGCGAGCCCGGCGUCGACGGUAUGCCCGGCGUGCUGGGACCGCCUGGCCCGCCGGGACCGCCUGGCUUGCCUGAAAAUUACGAUAUUAAUUGGAACCCAACCAGGACUUUCAAGGAAUCGUUAAUGGGCAAUUCAAUGCGUCCGAUGCGCAGCUCUUCGCCAGGACCCAAGGGACCGCCUGGAGAUAAAGGUGAUGCCGGAGCGUUGGGCGAACGCGGUCAGCAGGGUCAGAAGGGCGAACGUGGAGAUCCAGGAAUGACUGGCGAGAAAGGUGAUAGGGGUCAUCCUGGCGUACACGGCCCCAAUGGCCAGAAAGGUGAACCAGGCCAACCAGGUGUGCCGGGCAUGGCAGGUGCACCUGGUGCUCCCGGCCUGAAAGGUGAUCGUGGUCUACCUGGUGAAUUGGGACCCAUCGGGCCACAGGGUCCACCUGGUGAAGUCAUAUAUGCGGAUAAUUCUCUUAAUGGUACAGCCGGCCAAGCGGCAGGACAGUGUCAAUGUCCAGCGGGACCACCUGGCCCACCAGGAAUUCGCGGCCCACAAGGCUAUGAGGGUCCACCCGGUUUGAACGGCGAGCCUGGUCCAGCUGGGUCGAACGGUUUGACCGGCCUGCCUGGCUCCAAAGGUGAGAAGGGCGAAAAAGGUGUGCGGGGCCUGAGCGGCCCAAAAGGCGAUCGCGGCCCUGAAGGACCGCCAGGGCAGGCCUUUUUCGCUGGCGGUUACGAAGGCAUGGCUAUGAAUGGCACCAAGGGUGAUAAGGGCGAGAAGGGUAUGCGCGGACGACGCGGCAAACCGGGCCAAGCUGGACCGAUCGGACCGCCGGGCAAACCAGGUCCGAUGGGCGAUAUUGGGCAUUCGGGGCGACCUGGACUUACAGGGCCUAAAGGUGACAUGGGCAGCAAAGGACAAAAAGGUGAAAAUGGCGGACGAGAAGGGUUGUGAGAGAAAGUUUCAUACUUUCACGCGGUGAUAUACUAUGUAGCUGUCCCUGCGUGCGCC